AUGUUUACCCUGUGUAUUGGUAUUGCUGGCCCUGGAGGAAGACAGCCGUGCUCUGUUUACAAGAGGACCACAAAAUAUGUAGACAACCAUAACACCAUCCCCUUUGGAAGCAGCAUUCAAGGAACUGCAAAUCCUUUCAUCAUACCAGUGGACAAUGCAGUACCGUCCUCGAUAAAAAUAACGGUUGAGGUGUAUGACAAAGAUCACACUUCCAGUGAUGACCACAUGGACACACUCUCUAAGCUGAUCAACAUCCGAGUCGCUGCUACAGAACAGACAGCUAUGUACAACUCAUACACAUUGUCGAGUAGGACGACGUUAAAGAUUGCUGUCCGUGCCUACUGUGACCCGGAAUGGUACGGGUCUGCGUGUGUGAGAAAUAUUGCAAAGGCCACUCCUGACCACAGUCACUACACCUGCCACCCACACACAGGAGCUAAAAUGUGCUUUGAAGGUUGGAAGGGAGACAACUGCAACAAGGACAUCGAUGAAUGCACAGAAAGUGACCAAAUGUGUCAACACGGAGGCACUUGUACAAAUACAAACGGAAGUUUCGAGUGCGCUUGUGCGGAGGGGAUCAAAGGAAAACUAUGUGAAAACAUCAUCAACCAAUGUGCACUGGAGCCAUGUCUGAACGGAGGGACAUGUGACGGAAACGAAUUGGACUUCAAGUGCGCAUGUCUAGUUGAGUGGACUGGAGACACAUGCGCAGAUAAAGUUAAUUUCUGUGACAGUUCCCCUUGUAACAUGGGCCAGUGUACACCGGAUCUCUUGACAGCAACUCGGUUCAAGUGUGACUGUGAUUUUCCUUGGGUAGGGGGGAGAUGCAACCAAAGGGUUGAUAUAUUCAACAUCACACUCUUGGGUGAGAUUGAUCAUACAAGUAGAGGUGACCUGGCUGAUGGCUUCAACAGACUCAUCACAGAACUGGGGGGAAUUCCAGGAAAGGUGACUAUCAAAUUUACAACCAAGGCACAGAGAGAAAACAAUUAUACUUCUACGCACGUACAACUCUACUCUGCUGUGGAAAACGGAUCCUUUCUAGAAAAUGAUUCAUUAGCUAGAAUCUUCGAAUCCAACCCUGAUGAAAUCAUCAAUGAAUAUCUGCCUCUUCCGUUGUACCCUCCCCGAAAAGAAGAGAAGGCAACCUUGGGGAGUCCACAUGACGACGUUGACACAAACCAAUAUGUGUUGGCCAUUCUACCUCCUGUAGGACUUGUCCUGAUGUCUGUACUACUUCUGGUGGCUUCCUGCAUCUGGAGAAGAUCGAACAAGACGGAACAAUGUAGAGACGACAUUCAGCUCGACUCAUUUGCGAUGGACGUGGCAUGCAACCCCCAACCAUCAGGUGCAAUGACAGGAAAUCUCCAGGGGGCAAGCGUAUCUCCUGAUGGUUACACAAGUCUUCGCUUCCUAGGAUCACCCGACACACAAUGUGAUGAGGCAUCCAACGCCCUCCCAACAACUGAAACUGGGGCCUUUGAAUCGGUGAGACCAAGCGGAUAUCCAGAUGGCCACACACGUCUUGGUGACUUCGGAACACUCGAUACACGCCGUCAUGUUACGUCAUACAUCCAACCAGUCCCUGAAGACAUGACCCUUGACCGGGGGAGUCUGGAGGAAGAGGAAGACAAUGCAGAGUACACUGUCAUCGAUGACAACGAAGUGGAGGACAUCUUACAGGAAGACCCAUAUGAAACGAUAGAAUCUGUCGAUGACAAAGAUGAUGAGAACAUCUCACAGGAAAAAACCUUAUGAAAAGAUAAAUGUGUAGUUGCCUUGGAAGAUGUAUUAGUCAACCAAUGAGAAUAAUGAAAAGAAAAUGUAUUUUGCUAUAUUUGCUGUAGGUAAUGUAAGAUGUUGAUGGAUGUCUGCUAUAAGGACCGAUUUGGGAUCGGUAUAUCAACAGCAAACCAGUAUUGUCAGAAUAAGAUCA